AUGGAGCGUGGAAAACAGGGUGGAGUAGUGGUGGUGGUAGAAGUGGUGGACGAGGAAGCAAACAGUGGAAUAAUAUGCGGUGCGGUGAAAAAAACUGUGAAAAAUUCCGUUCGUUUCUCGCGACUAAUCAACCUUGACCUCCUCUUUCCUUUCCUUUUUCUAAUUAACCAAAGAAUCCUCUUAUUUCGUCCACAGUUUUGGUCUGCUUACGUGCCGUGCGAGUCGCAGCAUCUCAACGCGGUCCAGCUGACUCUGGAGCAGGUGGACCUCAUUAAGAGGCUCAUAGAGAAGUACUCGCAACACUUGCAGUUCGCUGCAUCUUCAAGGGAGAUUCUGGAGGCUCGUGAAAGAGGCAGAAUAGCUUCGCUGAUUGGAGUGGAGGGUGGACAUAGUCUAGGAAGUAGUUUAGCCGUUUUAAGGACACUGUAUCAAUUAGGCGUGCGCUAUCUGACGCUCACGCACACUUGCAACACACCGUGGGCGAAAAGUUCGACGGUCGAGGACGAGGAUGAGGACGGAGGCGGUCUAACAGCGUUCGGGAAAACAGUAGUGCAAGAGAUGAAUAGGCUUGGUAUGCUGAUAGAUCUUAGUCAUACAGCGAGAGCUACCAUGAGGGACGCUUUAAGGACCAGCAAAGCGCCCCUCAUCUUUUCCCACUCCUCGGCCUUCGCCAUUUGUAAUUCCUCGAGAAACGUUCCCGACGACAUUUUGAAGCAACUGGCUGCCAACGGUGGAAUAGUGAUGGUGACGUUUUAUAAUUACUUCGUGAAAUGUGGCUCUCAGGCGACCAUUUCCGACGUCGCUGAGCAUAUUUACUACAUUAGAAAUCUAAUUGGCGUGGACCACAUCGGUGUCGGUGGCGACUUCGAUGGUAUCAACAAAACGCCCAGAGGACUCGAAGAUGUUUCAAAGUAUCCGGAAUUGUUCGCCGAACUUCUUCGAAGUGGGAAAUGGAACGUGCUCGACUUGAAGAAAGUCGCCGGCCUGAAUUUGUUGAGGGUCCUCCGACAGGUUGGUGGAACUCGAGUUCAAUCUAAACUCGAAUUUCUUUCCGAAGAAAAACCGAUCUCUACGUCUUCAUAUUAA